GGAAGCCAUUCACAAGACCACUUGCUGAUCUACCGCUGCUGACAUAGUCUCUAGCAACACCAAUUUCCUUUUUUCUCUAUCUUCUUCCUCCAAAGCUUGGCUCGAUUCCUUCCGCAACUCCAAAAACGUCAACCCUAACCCUAAAUUUAGGCAAGAGAAGAAAGGGGGACUAGCAUACCACCUUCGCAGUCUUUGAAGGAUGAGCCUGACGCCAUGGUAGUACUACCUCAUCCUCCACUUGGGUUUAGUGGUGAUGAGGAGGAGGAGGAUGAGGAUGGUAAGGUAAUGAUUGGAUUGCCAUGGCCACCUCUAGGUUUGGGUUUAAAGGAAGAUGAAGUGAUGAUUGGGCCAUUGCCAGCAGCGGUAGAGUUCGAUUUGGAUGAGUUGGAUUUGGAGGAGGAAAGCUAGGAAGGGAACCAUUAUAGGAUUCCAAUGAGCAAUGAGAUUGUGCUCAAGGGACGCACUAAGGUAUCUACUUUCUAAUUUCUUCUAGCUCUAUGUGCUCAUAAUUUCUGUUGUAUUGCUAUUAUUUAUUUGUUGGCAUUACCAUUGAUGGAUGGACGCCCUAUGAUGAACGCAAGUUAUUGUUGAAGAAAUUAGAAACCAUAGU